AGAGAGAGAGAGAGAUCUAGGGAAGAUGAUUGAAUCCUCAUCCUUGAUCUUCUUUUUUACGAUGAUCUUAUGGGCUCUAAAUUAUUUGGAAUCUGGAGCAAGUCAAUUGGUUUAUGAGUACUGCAAGGUAUCAAAGUGCAGGCACCACCACGGCCCAGCCAUCCGGUAUCCUUUCCGGCUCCAGCACCUCCAGCCAGAGCACUGCAGCUAUCCACAAAGAGGCUUCACUCUAUCGUGCACUGACCAGGAUGACACGGCACUGGACUUGGCAUUGCCUCAGCAUGAGCAUAUUGCAGAAAUUGUGAAGCAAAGGGCGAGAGAUGCAGACUCAACAACAUCAAAGAACCUCGAGUUGAAUGUUAUGAAGUCCCUGAAUCUCCUCGCAAACUCAAAGGAGCCCCAAAUAGGAGAGCAGGAAAAGCCCCGCAGAGUUAGUGUUGUUUAUCUGCCCUCUGCGAAGGGUAAGUCUUGGUAGGGACACUUAGAUUUUGGUAAGAAUUGUCCCUAGAUUUAUUUUUGGGAUGUAUAUACUGAGAGUUAGUGGUUAUAGUACUCUGGUAUGUAUCGGGCACAUUAUGAUGAGAUGUAUUUAAUUUUAUACUUUCUGUUGCGUAGGCUUCUGUUGUAUGUUCUGUUCUAUUCCUGGUACCCACGGGUCCAGGUGGAUGGCGACCUACUGAACUGGAUUGUGGGAUAUGUAGUAUUGAUUUUAUGAUAUGAUGAUAUUAUUUAAAAAAAAAA